AUGCUGGAGGGGUGGCGCAAGUGGGGCGGCGGCGACCUAGAGCCGGUCCUCACGAGCGGCGCCGCCGCCCUCCUCGACGCGCAGUGGAUCAUCCGCCACGCCGAGGCGGGCGGCGUCCUCGCCCACCGCCAGGCGCUGCCCAAAGAGGCCUUCGUCUCCCUCGCCGACCUCGUCGAGGCGACCACCGAGUAUGGCAGCCUUCCCGUCGCCGCGCUCUCCUACCCGUGGCUGACCAAGGACCACCCCGACCCGCGCGGAGCCAACCUCUCCCGCGUCGCAAGGGCACUCAAGGCCCUGCUCAGCGACCAUCCCUCGCUCGGCAAACCCCUCAUCCCGCGGCUCGGCGUGUUUUGGGACUUCGGCUCGCUGCACCAGCACCCCGACCCCGCCAACGGCGUCAUGCGCACCGAGGAGCAGAACGCGCUCUUCAAGCAGGGGCUGAGCUGCCUCGGCACGCUCUACUCCCACCAGCACACUUGGGUGCUGCGGCUGACCUCCUUCCCGGACGGCCACAAGGCGGAGGACCAGGCCGAAGGCACCAACGUGGCCAAGUACUUUGACCGCGGCUGGUGCUACACCGAGGCCAGCUGGGCGGGCCUGACAAAGGCUGGCUACCUCUCGCUGGACCUCGGCAAGAUGCGCGCCGGCGUGGAGUACGGCCUCAACAGCCUCCUCGGCGACUGCACCCAGGACGGCGGCCGGCGCCCUCCGCUGCUGCCGUCUGCGUUCGCGGCGGAGCUGGAGACGAAGAGCUUCACCAACGGCAAGGACGACAAGCCGCUGGUGAAGCGGCUGUACGAGGCCGCCUUCAAGGAGCAGUUUGGCAAGGCGACCGAACUGAAAUACGACGGCCUCGGCUGGGGCGACGCGGAGGCGGCGCAGCUGGCGGAGGUCCUCGCGAGCGGGGCAGCGCCGCGGCUCGAGUGGCUCAAUCUCCGCGGCAACAAGAUUAGCGACGAGGGCUGCAAGGCGCUGGCCGCCACCCUCAAGGAGGGGGCCGCCCCGAGCCUGAAGGCGCGAGACGCCCCCCUCGCCACACGCCCCUCCCCCGCCCAAUGCUGA